CAAUGCACAUAAACAGGAUAAACAACAAUCCAUGGAAAGUCAAGCUAACAGAAGCCGAUUGAAGCAGUGCAGAGCUUAGAAGAAGACCCAAGUAGUUCAAUGGCUACCACCCACCUCUCCUACCCUUUUCUCUUCCCCAAUCUAUCCUCUCCAUACAAGCAACGUCUACCCGAGUUGUUCAACGUUCCGACUCGGAGUGGACUCGGGCUGCGGCUGAGGAGGAGUAGGACUCAGGCUAUGGGGGCGCCUGACUUGCUGGGUGAUUUUGGGGCCAGAGACCCAUUCCCAGCAGAGUUAGAGAGUAAUUUCGGAGAGAAGGUUGUAGGAAACGGUAACACGGAGCACAAAAUCCUCAUCCCCAAUUUGCCUGCUCUGUCUCUUGCCCAGCAACAGUGUCAACCUCUUUCUCCUCUUCAGCCUCCCUUGUCGGACGAUGAUAUCCAGAGUCUCCUCAGAAAGGUUGUUGGUUGGAGACUGAUAGAUGAAGAAGGGGGACUUAAACUACAGUGUUUGUGGAAAUUGAGAGACUAUGAAUGUGGGAUUGAACUCAUAAACAGGAUAUAUAAAGUUGCAGCAUCUGCUAGGCAUUACCCAAAUCUCCAUUUGGAGCAACCCAAUCAAGUUAGAGCUGAAUUAUGGACAUCGUCCAUUGGAGGAUUGAGCUUGAAUGAUUUCAUUGUGGCUGCCAAAAUAGAUGAGAUUAAAACUUCUGAUCUUGUGCCUAGAAAAAGAAUCUGGGCUUAGUUGAAGCAUGUUGUUGCCUUUUGCACGCCAAACAGGCUCCAAAAGAAGUGUGUAAUAUGGUGUUUCUGAGUAUCUUAAUUACCAAAAAGACUUGUAUUUUUCUCAAAAAUUCUUUUAUUCAUUUCGACAUUUAUAAUAUACAGUUUAUGGACCA